UUCUGGGACAGCCUUUCAUUACUUCAGUAUUCUCCGCCCAUCCAUUGAUACGAAGCACGCUCAUUACCUGAAUCCUUCGCCUAGCCCACGAGUUAAGAGUCUCCGGUCGACCGCGCCGGUUGCUGCGCGUGGCCAGCGCGAUGCCUGGAAGUCUUCUAUACUCUUCAACCCCAAACUCCUCCAAGAUGGCGACCAAGAAUCCUCACAAGCACCCGAAAGCUCUCCGGCCCGACCUCUAUCUCAUUAAUGACGGCGACAUCCUGUAUGAACAAGAACUCAUCCGGAACCCCGGACGCGUCAAGCCCUGGCUGGACUAUGUCCAUUUCAAGCGCCAGCAAGGCGCAAGCCUACUUGCCCAAUCCUUCGUCCUCGAACGAGCCGUCACAACGUUACCGCGCUCCUAUAAACUAUGGAAAUUAUACCUAAGUUUAAGGGUCAAGCACCUGGAUGGACGAAAUCCAGCCAAGUAUGCUCCGCAUUUCCUCAAGGUCAACACCUUGUUCGAACGGGCAUUGAUUCUCCUCAAUAAAAUGCCGAGAAUCUGGGAGAUGUACCUGUCAUUUUUAAUGAAGCAGCCUCUCGUCACAACCACGCGAAGAACUUUCGACCGAGCUUUACGUGCGCUUCCUAUUACGCAACAUGCCCGGGUUUGGGCGCUAUACCGUCCGUUUGCAAACUCCGCGUCAGGCGAGACGGCCAUCCGGAUAUGGAGGCGGUAUAUGCAAAUACAUCCCGAAGAGGCGGAGGAUUUCAUCGAGCUUCUCGUCGAUGCCAGACGGUAUACUGAGGCCGUGAAGACAUACAUGGAUAUCUUGAAUAAUCCCCGCUUCAAGAGCAAGGAAGCCAAAGGCCCCUUCGAAAUGUGGACCGAGAUGCUCGAGUUGCUGAUCGACCAUGCAACCGAAGUCGAGGCUGGCGAAGACACUGGCAUCGAUGUCGACCGAAUCGUGCGGAGUGGGAUCGCCAAGUUCUCCGACCAAAGAGGAAUUCUUUGGGUGAGCCUGGCCAAGUACUGGAUGAACAAGGGCGAUUACGAAAGGGCAAGAGACGUCUUCGAAGAGGGGAUCACAACCGUCAUGACGGUCCGCGAUUUCGUGAUCGUUUUUGAGUCCUACACCGAGGCGGAGGAAACCCUCAUCGGAAUUCAGAUGGAGGAGGCGGCAGCACGAUCGGAGAAAGGACGCGUGGACCCUGAAGCGGAUCUCGAUCUGGAUAUUCGCAUGAUGAGGUUCGAGCAAUUGAUGGAUCGAAGACCGUUCCUCGUCAACGACGUUCUUCUCCGUCAGAACCCCAACAACGUUAACGAGUGGCAGAAACGGGUGGCGCUAUGGGGCGACAACAAGAAAGAGGUGGUACAGACCUACACGGAUGCCAUUGCUACCACACAUCCGAAGAAAGCGGUCGGGAAGUUCCACGACCUGUGGGCGAAUUAUGCCAAAUUCUACGAGGCGGGAGCGGACAUUUUGAACGCUCGGGUCAUCAUGGAGAAGGCGGUCAAAGUCCCAUUCAAAUCCGUUGCAGAGUUGGCAGACAUGUGGUGCGAAUGGGCGGAAAUGGAGCUGCGUAACGAGAAUUUCGACAAGGCGGUCGAGAUUAUGGCGAAAGCGACGCAAGCCCCCAAACGGUCCAAGGUGGACUAUUUCGACGAAACAUUAUCACCGCAACAAAGGGUGCAUAAGAGUUGGAAGUUAUGGAGCUUCUACGUCGACCUGGUGGAGAGCGUCGGGACACUGGACGAGACCCGCAAGAUCUACGAAAGAAUCUUCGAACUACGGAUCGCGACCCCUCAAACGGUGGUGAAUUAUGCCAACCUUUUGGAGGAAAACCAGUAUUACGAAGAGUCGUUCAAAAUCUACGAGCGGGGAUUGGAUUUGUUCAGCUAUCCCGUGGCUUUCGAGAUAUGGAACCUCUACCUCACUAAGGCUGUCGACCGAAGAAUCAGCAUCGAGCGACUUCGAGACCUGUUCGAACAGGCCGUAGAAGGAUGUCCGCCCAAGUUUGCCAAAGUUCUUUACCUCAUGUACGGAGCUCUUGAAGAGGAGCGUGGUUUGACGCGUCAUGCGAUGCGGAUCUAUGACCGGGCAACUCGCGCAGUGUCCGACGAGGACCGGAUGGAGAUGUUCAACUUCUACAUCACCAAAUCGGCGUCCAAUUUCGGGGUUGCUUCGACCCGACCCAUCUACGAGCGAGCGAUCGAAGCACUUCCGGACGCAGAAGCGAAGGAGAUGUGUCUGAAAUUCGCCGACAUGGAGCGGAAACUCGGCGAGAUCGAUCGUGCCCGGGCAAUCUAUGGACAUGGGUCCCAGUUCUGCGACCCCCGAACUAACCCCGGCUUUUGGCAGAAGUGGGAGUCAUUCGAAGUGCGACACGGCAACGAGGACACGUUCAAAGAGAUGCUUCGCAUCAAGAGAAGUGUCCAAGCCCAAUACAAUACCGAUGUCAGCUUUAUUGCCUCCCAAGCCAUUGCUCGAAGUCAAGCGCAAAACCAAACCGGAGAAGCCCCCUUUGGUGGUGCUGAAGAUGGCGAAGCUGCCGACGCCAUGGCUGCUCUUGAACGACAAGCUCGUGCCCCGGUUGGAUUCGUGGCCGCUAGCACGGGAGCUGAGGGGGGGAAUCAACCUACGGCCGCAGAUGCGCCGGUCGAGGCCAAUCCCGAUGCGAUUGAUUUGGAUGAAGACUUAUAACAACACCCCCCAUGUUCUCAGCUGGAUGAUCCUCCUUGUACUCACACCAUACUCAUUCUUUCUUUUCUCUUGACCUCUGCGGUGCAACUGCGCACAUUCAUCUUGCAUAGAGCGGGC